GUCAGGCAGGAAGGAUGGCGGAGGACAGGAAUGUGCCCAAGAGGCCGUGGGAUACCUGUCGAGAGGUUCCCAUCAUAGACGAUGAGCAGACGCCAUGGAAGAUGAUCAAACUUCUAAAGAUCAUCACUCUGUGUAUCGUCACUGUGUUCGUGUUUGGAUUGGCGCUAUGUAGCAAGGCUACAUUACUCCUCCUCAUUACCUUAGCCAACGAAGGUACAAAAACCCUGCCAGAUGAAAUGAGACCUGUCGCUCUGCUUUGCAUCGGCUGCGCUAUUAUCAUUUCCAGCGUCUUCCUGUUUAUCAAAAGCUUGUGGAAAGCCUGCUACAAAACAUCAAAACUGCCGAAAAAAUCAACUAUUGCCCUGGUUCUGUUCUUUGAGCUCCUGGUGGCAAUGGGUGCGGCGAUUCUCACCAUUGUGGCAAUGCCUCACUUGGACAUUGUGACCAACGUGACGAUACUAAACGGUGUAGCCGUCACUCCUGCGCUCCUACAGGUGAUCUGUCAGUGCACCGCCAAAGAAAGAAACCGCUUCCUCGUGCCGUCCAUCACUGCCUUCCUCCUGCUUUUGCUUGGUUACGUCCUGUUCCUCUUUCUGUACAUCACAAAGGAUCCUACUAAUACCAAGAUGGCCAUUUGGGUGGGUCUGGCUGUUGGCGGGUGCUUCCUGGUGUCUCUCAACUGGUGGGAGAGCUACUUCAGACUGAUCAGCGAGAACAGCGGCGCCGUCUUCCUCAAGAACCUGUGUAAGGACAUGUCAAAGUGCCAGAACAUGCUGCACAUCCUCUCCAGCCUGCUCAGGAUCCUGGUGACCGCAGGUGUGCUCGGAGCCUACGUCCCUUUGGACAAAAUGGACUGGGACAUUGUGACAUCCAUCCCAAGUCGUGAGACAAGAAUCAUAGCCAUCACCAUUGGGGUCCAGCUGAUCUCCUCUGCACUCUGUCACUGGUUCUCUUUGAUAGCGUGCAAGAUGCAUGCCCUGCGACGCUGCUUCAUCCUGCCUCUGUACUUGGCCUCUUUAGCUGUCAUGGUUCUGUACAUUGUCCCCAUCAUUGUAUACUAUCAAGACUACAGAUUAAGUCUGAACGGGACUUCAAUCAACUUCACAUACUAUUGCAAUGAAGUCGUAGACGGAAGAAACCGAAGCUUGGAUGGCAGUGUGUUCCCUGAACUGGUUUUGGAUGUCACACACACCCUGUGCUCCCUGGACAUGUCAAGGAUAACUGACAUCGGCAUACUGACAGGCUCAGCAGUGUCCUGGUGGCUUGGUCUUGUGUUGGCCACCCUCCAUCUGUGGUACCUCAAUGUGUAUCGAAUCCAGAGGACCCAGGACUUGUUCAUUAGAAGGUUGUAUGAAGGCGCCUUCAUCGAGCAGUCUCUGCUCCUCAACACCCGAUUUGACAUCCUGACCAGAAACAAAGCAAAGACUUUCAGGGCAUUUCAGACAGCAAUGAUAUAUCUUUGUGCGACCAUGUGGCACGAAACCCACGAAGAGAUGAUGAACAUCAUAAUCUCAAUUUUCAGACUGGACAAGUACAGGCCAAAGAAUGGGAAGUUCACUGAUUUCACCUUUGAAGCCCAUAUCUACUUCGAUGACGCCUUCCAAGAUGUCAGUGGGGGUCGUCAACUCAACCAGUACGCAGAGGACCUUGUGGGAAUCCUUGCAGAAGUUUAUGGCAUCUUCACAAACAUCGAUGAGAAGUUCUUUAGAAAGAAGCAGCAGAUCCCUGAUCAGAAGGUCAUAAGGACACCGUACGGGGGUCGUCUGGUGCUUGAAAUGCCUCAUGGGAAUCUCAUCGUGGUUCACUUCAAGGACAAAGAUCUCAUCCGCCACAAGAAGAGAUGGUCUCAGAUCAUGUACCUUUACUAUCUUCUCGGCUACAAACUCAUGACCAAGUAUUACAAUCGCUGGAAAAAGGGAGAGAGCGAGGCUGAGCUGAAAAGAGAGGUCCAGAGAGAGAAGCACAACACCUACCUCCUGGCUUUAGAUGGGGACACAGACUUCCAACCGGCUGCUGUGAUGCUGCUCAUCGAUCGUCUGAAAAUGUACCCGCGUGUUGGGGCAGCAUGUGGCAGGAUUCACCCCACUGGAUCAGGUCCGGCGGUGUGGUUCCAGAAGUUUGAGUACGCGGUCAGCCAUUGGCUCCAGAAAACAGCAGAGCACGUAAUUGGCUGCGUGCUGUGCAGCCCUGGUUGCUUUAGUCUCUUCAGAGCAGAGGCACUGAUGGACGACAAUGUAAUGAAGAGAUACUCGACCAAGGCCAUGGAGGCAAGCCACUACAUCCAGUACGAUCAAGGGGAGGACCGCUGGCUGUGUACUCUGCUGCUGAAACAGGGAUGGAGGGUCGAGUACAAUGCGGCGUCCGAUGCUUACACCAACGCACCUGAGGACUUCAAAGAACUCUACAACCAGCGUCGCCGAUGGGGACCGUCCACUAUGGCCAACGUGGUGGAUCUGCUCGGCUCCACCAAUAUAAUUGCCAAGAGAAACCCAUCCAUGUCCAAACUGUUCAUGUUCUAUCAGCUCUUCGCCAUCACCUCAGCCGUCCUGGCUCCUGCUACCAUCUGCCUUUUGAUCGCAGGUAGUUUGACCUUCAUCCUUCCCAUCCCCUCUGCCGGAGCCCUGGUCCUGGCUGUGAUACCUCCCGCCAUCUACCUGGGUUUAUGCUUCAAACUCAAGUCGGACACUCAGAUCAAGAUUGCAGCCAUCAUGAGUGUCAUAUAUGCAUUCCUCAUGUUGGUGGUGACAAUGACCAUCAUUGGGGCAAUGGUGAAGGACAGAACCAUCCUGACACCCAGCAGCAUCUUUGUCGUUGCCAUGGCCAUCAUUUACAUCAUCACUGCAGUAAUGCAUCCUCAGGAAAUGCACCUCUUGUUCUACGGCUUACUCUACAUCCUAUGCGUCCCCAGCGCCUACCUCCUGCUUACCAUCUACUCCAUGGUCAACAUGAACAAUGUGUCCUGGGGCACCCGAGAAGCAAAACCUGCCCCUGGAGCUGCCGCACCAGUGCCCACCACCCCGCAAUCGAAAACACAGAAAGCCAAAAACUGGUUCCAACGUCUCUUCGAGUCGAUGAAUUGUUGUAAAAAAUCCAACCAGAAUUCUGGAGGUAGGCAGGUUGCUGUCAACCAGGAGAACCUGAUCCCAGAGCCCACACAGCCUGAACCCCUGCCCCAAAAUACUAAUGUAGGAAUCCCAGAGGAAGAACAGAGGCAAAUGGAGCCAGAGCCUUUCAACCCUCCUGCCCAAACUUGGGUCGCACAACUACAGGGUGUAUCCAAUGACAUGCAGCUGCUGGAGGACUCACUGGACAAGGAGGAGGAGGAGUUCUGGAUAGAGCUUCAGAAGAAGUACCUGGAGCCUCUGCCGAACGACAAAGAGAAACAGAAAAAGGUUGCCAAUGACCUGCGGGAGCUGAGAAACAAGAUAAAUUUUGCAUUCUUCAUCAUCAAUGCCCUAUGGCUGGUGGCGACAUUUACCCUCCAGCUCUUCGAGGAAAACUUUGCCAUCAAGAUCCCCAAGGUCGACUUAAACCUUGAGCCAACGGGAGAAAACAUUCAAAUUGAUCCCAUUGCCUUCAUGUUCAUUCUGGGAUUUGCAACAUCAGUUAUUAUCCAGUUCCUCACCAUGUUCUACCACAGAAUCUACACUCUGAUCCAUUAUGUGGCUUUUCUGGACACGGAGCUCAAAGAGCAAAAACCUGAACCAGAGGAGACUUACAUCUCUGGCAAAAAGAUUGAAGCUGUCUCCAGCGCAGAGUCCAACUUACAGGAGGAGGAGGAGGAGGAGGAAUCUGAGUAUGAAGACAUUGACGACAUUGACUUAUAUGUCAGACAAUACAACCAAGGGACCAUGGUCUAAACCCGGACUCUGCGCUCAGCACGUUUUAGCACUUUUAAAUAUCCACUGUAUGUGAGAUUUUACUCCCCAAAAUGUCAUUAUUAUGUACAGUAUACUAUUUAUGUUUACAUCUAGUCAAGUGCAACAUAUUUAUAAAGAAAAUUGUUCUACUUGUUGAUUGAGUUUGUCACAAAGUGGUUUGCAGAAAACAAAUGAUGUGUGGGGUCAAAAAAAAUAUAUCAGGAACAGAACAAAAACAAAACAGCCUCCAAAAACCAUUUGCAUGUGUGAGUUUGUGUUGUGUGCAAGUGAAAGCACCGGGCAACAUGAAGUGAGUAAAUGUAACGUUUUUAAUGUUAUUAUUAUGAAGGAUCUGAAGUUUUGAAAGUUUUAUGUGUUUUCUGCCUCUGUGUUUGAUGCAGUGUAAUGUGAAGAGGAAUGAAUGAAGUUUAGACCCAAUGUGAAGGAGAGCGACACCGUCUGUGUCCACUGUUACAAAAUAAUGAAGUGCUUUUGUCAAGAAAAAUCAUACCUUGAAUCAUGAAAAUCAGGGAAGUCUUAGAUCAGGGAAUCUUUAACAGAAAUGCCAAAGAGAUUUAACUGUGUGAUAUCUUUUUGGAGCAUGAAAUACUGAGCUGUAUGAUCAGAACGACACAUGGAGAGUAACAUUGUCUGCAGUGGUCACCGGUUGUUGGCAUUAUUAGCAUGUGGUCUGUGUGUUGUACACUGUGUUUAAAACAUCUUGGAUCCAAGAUCUUUGCAUAAUGUAGAAAUUGAGAUUUUAUUUUGUUUUAUUUUUUUUGUGGAAUUUUAUCAUAAUUGCACUUAAUAUGAUAAGCUUGUCAACCAUCACACAGUCCUAAAGCGAAAUGAAAAGAAAUUCUGUGUAUGUGAUCUGUAUUGCUGUUACUGCUGAAGAUUUUUGGGAGCUGCUGGUGAUUUAAUGUGUAUCCAAGGUGGCCAAUUGGCCGCCAAAACUGUACCGAGCAUUACCAAGUAUCAGAUUGUAAUCUUUGUUUGUAUUUAUUUUUGAAUGAAGUCGAAAAAAAAGUUGAACUAAAGAAAACGUAUUUAAUUUCAUGUGUUAGAGGCUUUUUUAGUUUUAAGUUGCAUUUUGUUCCUGUUCUUGAAUAAAGCACUUUGUGAUGAACA